AUGUUAAAACUUACAUUAUUUUCAAUUGUAUUAUAUUGUUCCUUUUAUUCAAAUGUAGACUCAUUAUUUGUACUAAACAAUCACAUAAGAAAGCACUUGUCAUUAACAUCGGAGAAUAAAGUUAAUAAUACACGAUUACUAAAUAAUAAACUAUUAUUUGUCAAUAUUCAUAAUAAUAAUAGUUUGAAUUGUAAAAUUAAAGAUGAAUUUUCACAAAAAUACUGUAAACCUCGGCUUUUACACAAUCAGUACUGGGAUUCUACAAAGAAUCCCUAUCAUAAUAAGACACAAUUUGUUGUUUCAGGUUUAAAUGAUAGUAAAGUAGAAUUUGUAAACUGUUCAGGAUCAGAAGUCCUACCCGAACCUAACUUUUUAGUGCCUUACGACGUCAUACACACAUGUUCAUUUGAUGGCCAUGAGUCUUUAGGAGACUACAUUCAAAACUUGACUCAGGCCCUUGAUGAAAGAUCUCAGAGGAUAUUAUUGAAUCACAAAUUACUGAGUGCAGAAAGAGGAUUGAAUAAUUUUGAGGCCACGGCUUUUAGGUCAAUUAAGGCGUUAACGUACUGGAUAGGAUCGAGAAUUUUAAACACCGCUAAAAAAGCCAGAGACAGUUUCGAUUCGCAGGAUUUGGAGAACGAAAGAAAGGAGUGUAAUCGACUAAUAUUUAAAUGGAUAAAUUAUAACUUGGAUAAGUGGCACUCGAAUAGUCCAGUGGAUGCACAUACAGUCAGCUUGUCAUUUCCGUCUUUCAAACAGGAUUGCUUUGAAGAAUAUGUUGAGGGGAUUUGGACAUACUUUAAUGGGAGAGUUUUCCAGAAUUUGUUACCUGAGUUCUGGGAGCUAACAUAUGGGUGGUUUGACAUAUUGGACCGGAAGUAUCGCAAAUCUUUGACUGAAUCGGGUGAAGUUUUUACCCUGGAAGACUCGGAUUAUAUGAAUUUCCCCAAAUUUAUGUAUCCUAAUCAGCUGAAGCCGUUACCAAGUGCCCUGGCAAACUGCGUUUUCAGAUCGAUGGCGAAAUUGUUUUGUGACACUUAUUCGGCUUUUAAUGACCUGGAUUAUAUAAAUAUUGUGACAAAUGCCUUCAGGUUUGUGGAGACUAACUCUGCUGAAGAGGAAGAAGUUAAUUUCACAGUGCUCCAGAGACCGUAUGAAUCCUUGGUAAACUACGAUUCGGACAAAAUAAGCUUGUUCAACAGCCGUAACGUUUACUCAAAGGAAUACGACUUAAAUGAACAAGCCGCUCUCUUCCUUAACACUCACCACCUGCCGUAUAUUAAAAACAAUUUACACCUCUUGUCGAUAUAUGAUGGAGAUGACGAGAGUGCGCUGAAGAUUUACGAGGCUUCCUUCAAGAAGGAAAAGGAGAUUUUGUCAAGAGAUGUAUGGUUCCACGAGGGCAAGUUAACAAUUCCAGUAACGCAGUUGAGUAAAAGCUUGCUACACAGUGAUCUCGAUGAAUUCUCGAAUGUAAUUGGAUUUGCCUUGAAUGAUCUGUUACAAAUGAGGCCACUGCAGUUAAAUUUUGUACAAAAUAGGAUUGUUUCACUCUGUGUCAAGUUUAUCAACGCCUUGAGAUCACUGGAGGCGUAUUCUUCAAAUUAUGAAAUUGAGCAAAACACAUCAGGCAUAAACAAGACUGUGGAGAAGCUUAAUUUUCCACUCAUCCAGUGCGUGUUGUUUACCAUGACCUUACAUGAGAAGUGUGUGACGAAUAAUAACCUGUAUCCACUAUCGAAUGAUUUUAUAAGGAAGAGUCAGCUUGAAGGCCUAUUGGACAUGGAUCGUCUACAAAGUAAGGAUACAAAAGCCUAUGAAAGCAGUGUUUACAACAAGUUUCUUGGCCAAAAGGAGCAGGAACCAGUGAAGUUCAUACAGGAAUAUUUGGAUGAUUCCGUGGCAGCUGAUGACCAUGACGCUCUGCGUUUCCUGGUUAACUACUACAACUUUAACCUGUUUGGGGGACGCCUGCCCAUUGAUAUUCAAAUUAAGUUUAAACACGCGGAUUGCUUGUCGUCAAACGACGUGUGUUCAGUUGUUUCAACGCCUACCAUAUAUAUCAAUCCCCUUUUUCAAAACAAUAAGAAGUUGAUAUGCAGAUUAAUAUUAAAUGAGUGUAUUAGUAUAUUUCUGAAGUGGUCAAACAAAUUUGCACACCAAGAAAACAAGCAAGCUGUUUCACUAAACGAUAUUAUGGAAUACAACAUGGAAAGGAGGAUUAAAAACCAUAUAUUGAGCUGCACGGAGCCAUCUCUUUCGUGGCCGUUUUACCUAGAUGACCUUUUGUUGUCGAAUGAAAGCACCUACAGCAGGAGAAAGAUGUCUGAGAUGUUUAGAGAAUCCUUUGAAAACCAGGACGUGGUUAAAGUCAUGGCCAAUUUUAUAAAACGGGAGGAUGUCUCUGACAUGUGGAAGGAAGGGAAACUGCCCACACGCGACUUCCUGUCGUCGCUGUUCUCAGGAGUUUACGACUUGUCAUACGCCAUUCUGGCGAACCCGGCAUCCAUUCAGGUCACCAGCAGGCUGAAUCUCAGUGAUCUUAACUGUCUGGAGAAUAAGUUUAAGCAGAUUUGCGACGAAUACUACAGCUUACUCUACGGAAGGGACAAUGCGUUGAACACCGUUUUGUAUUUGGAGGCGCUGUCGAUAGUCGAAGCGGCCUUCGAUGAGCUCAGGGAGCAGUGCAUCAAGAACACUCUGAUUUACACGAACGAUCUGGUCGAGUCAAUAUCGAACGUGACGAACAUACUGACCAACUCCAUACAGGUUCAAUGCGAGGAUUCGAACAUUAAGCUCGACAAGCAGACGCACGUCUGCACGCCUGCCUCGAACUCGCCAGAUCUGGACCUUGGUGAUGGUUGCAUAGGGGAUUCUGAGAAGCUCACGGCUGAGGAGGCCUCGAGUCUCUGCAACCUGCUCUACGUGAAGUACAAUAAGUUCCUUUUCCAUGACUUUCUCCCAGAUGUGGAGAUUCGGUUUGAGGACUUUGACGAACUCUCGUCCCUGCGGGUGGACUUGACUGGCUUCUCCAAGCCGGUCAUCUUAAUAAAUAGCCACGUAGAUGACAUAAACCUCCUCAACUCGCAGAUGGUUCUCCAAAUGGUGUACCUCUCGUACUAUUAUUUCCGACACGUUACUUCAGAGGAGUUUCGCAACCAGUUCGGCCACGACUUCAAAUCGGCCUUUAAUGUUGUCCACCACACGAGGACCAACUUCCUCAAGUCAAAGCUGAUCCCCGUCAAUCUGGAGAAGAAAAUAAACUCCACAAAGGAUAUGAAAACCCACAACAAGCAGUACGUCGAUUUUAUCAGGAGGACUCUGGAGUAUAAGGACAACGACCUGGUUACCCUGAGGGUUAACGACUUUGUGUACGAGGUUCUCGAGGGGAGGGAUAAGUUCAAACACGACGACAGGCUUUGCAAUCAUUACGAAGGCCUGGAAACGUUGAAGGCGUUUGCUCGCCACUACUUCAACUUGCUGUCUAACUCCUCUAACGUCGGCAAACACCUAACUCCUGAAACUGUUAGUACUUGUGAGGACUCCGAGGCUGCUUCUGACACUGACAAAUCGCCCGGUUUGGACAAGAUUUUGGACAUUUUCUCUCCCGGCAUGAUGAAGAACGGCUGGAUUACGAGCAUGAUGGAGCACGUUGAGCGCAAAUUGGACGAUAAACAGAUCGGCGUAUUCUUGCAGCCCUCCGACACUGACUGGCAGUCCCUACUGACUGACCAGCAACUCGACCUCGUCAUUGCGUAUCUUUCAAAGCACCCCCAGGAGACCUUUUUUGCGAUCCUCACCAAGAGCGGCGCCCUCAGCAAACGUCAGGCUGUGGACUUGAUCAGCAAAUGCAUCCACAACGACCCUCAGUUCACACAGAAGAACUUUGCUUCUGCCCUCGGCGCCACUCACAGGGACUCCCUCCCCGCCACCGGUCCCGCUGUCGAGAUCGUCGACGACGCUGGCGCCGUCAAGUCCCACGAGCAGGUGGGCGUGGACGACGUUGAGGACUGUUUCAACGAGGAGGUCUCCUCCGCCCUCGAGCAGCUCCCUCCCAACGAGCAUGACACCUUCCUCCUCUUCCUCCACAGGCUGCUGGAGCGGGACUUUGACGCCUGCCGGAACGUCCUCAACUCUCACAGCUCCCCCUCCCUCCUCGUUGACAGGUCCGCCCAGGUGCUCAGGUCCAUAAACUCGCGGAACAUUAUUGAUCCUGCCGCCUUUGGGCAGAUUGAGCAGUUUCUCCACAACUAA